AAAAGAUACUCGAAGAGCGAGGGAAGAAGACCUAAAUAAUAAGCAGAGCCAUUACCGCUCACAGCAAACACCACACAGGCGCCGGAAACAACUUCUGAACAAUCAAUCAUCCCCUCCUCCAGCCACCGCGAUGGCGGAGCAAACAACCGGAGAAACCGCACCCAAACAAACCGUCAACGAAUACGAAGAAGAAAUCGAUGACCAGAGCUUCGAAGACCUCGGUUUAGACCCUCGUCUCGUCCGUGCCUUACUCAAGAAAGGAAUCGAAAAACCCACUCCCAUUCAGCGCGUCGCGUUUCCAUUGAUGCUGGAAGGUAAAGAUGUGGUUGCUCGAGCAAAAACCGGUUCUGGAAAAACGUUCGCGUAUCUUCUCCCGUUGCUUCAGAAACUGUUUACUGGUAGUGAGGAUAGGAAGAAGCUUGCUCCUAAUGCUUUCGUUCUUGUUCCAACUCGUGAACUGUCUCAACAGGUGUAUACGGAGGUCUUGUCACUCAUUGAGAUAUGCAAGGUUCAGCUGAAAGUUGUGCAGUUGAAUAGCAAUAUGCUUAACAAUGACUUGCGGGCGGCACUGGCUGGUCCACCUGAUGUUUUGAUCUCGACGCCUGCUUGCGUAGCUAAGUGCUUGUCGGGAGGUGUACUACAGGCGGCGUCCAUUAAUGCUUCGCUUGAAACUCUAGUUCUCGAUGAGGCAGAUCUUCUACUAUCUUAUGGGUAUGAAGAGGAUAUAAAAGCUCUUACACCUCAUGUACCACGAAGUUGCCAAUGUCUUCUAAUGUCUGCAACAUCAAGUGCUGAUGUUGACAAACUAAAGAAGUUGAUUCUACACAAUCCAUUUGUUUUGACUUUGCCUGAAGUGGGAAAUCAUAAGGAUGACAUCAUCCCAAAAAAUGUUCAGCAGUUCUGGAUCUCAUGUCCUGCCAGUGACAAGUUGCUCUACAUCCUUGCUAUAUUGAAGAAUGGGUUGGUUCAUAAGAAAGUACUAAUAUUCACUAAUACCAUAGACAUGGGUUUCAGAUUGAAACUAUUCUUGGAAAAGUUUUGGAUCAAGUCUGCUGUUUUAAAUGCUGAGUUGCCACAGAAUUCUCGUCUCCAUAUUCUUGAGGAAUUCAAUGCCGGCCUAUUUGAUUAUCUAAUUGCAACGGAUGUCAGCCAGUCAAAAGAGAAGGAUGAAGCACCUAAGGAAAGUAAUGUUGGAUCACGGAAGUCUAGAAAGCAGGCUAAGCUAAAAUUAGAUUCUGAAUUUGGAGUAGUUAGGGGGAUUGACUUUAAAAAUGUAUACACGGUUAUAAACUUUGAUAUGCCUGAAAGUGUAGAAGGAUACGUGCAUCGAAUUGGACGCACAGGAAGAGCAUACAAUUCUGGUACUUCUAUAUCUCUGGUUUCUCCGGACGAGAUGGAUACUCUAGAAGAAAUAAGAGAUUUCAUUGGGGAUGAUGAAAACAAGGGCUCAAACUCACUUCUUGAGUUUCCCAAGCUCACCAAGAAUGCAGUUGAAAACUUGCGGUAUAGGGCUGAGGAUACAGCAAAGAGCGUAACUAGAAUUGCUGUCAGAGAUUCACGAGCCCAGGACUUAAGAAAUGAAAUUUUGAACUCCGAAAAGUUGAAGGCACACUUUGAAACUAAUCCAAGAGACCUAGACCUAUUGAAACAUGACAAAGUUUUGAGCAAGAACGCCCCUCCUCUACACCUUCGUAAUGUCCCUGACUACCUGUUAGACAAAACAACAAAAGAGGCAAGGGACAUGGUCAAGCUUGCAAGUGAUGCAAUGGGAAAUAAUAACAAUCGCCGCAGGGGGGGAUCCAAGAAAAAGAUAAGAAAAAGCGGAGACCCUCUGAAGGCCAUCUCUGCUGGGGUAUCAAAAAGACCAAACAAAGGUACGAAGCGUUUUGAUUGAUUUGCAUUUUCCUGCUAAGCCUUUGUAUCCACAAUUUUGUUGUAAUUUAGUUCCAAGUUCCAAAUUUUUAACGUCAACACAGUAAAGUAUUUGUAAUUGUUCUUUCAUAUGGCAUAUGCCCUCAAUUUAGUAUUAGAAGAUGAAAUUUUGCUCGCUUUUAGCCUAA